AUGUCUUCCAAUUUGUUUGUGGUCGAACAUGAGCAUCCCGAGCAAGAAACUUUCGAGAUCUUUUCAUCGUUUCGCUACGACCCCAAUCUUCCAAGCGUGGCCCUGCAACACCCAGAGAACUAUCCCGAACCAUUGGACUCGCCCUACUACCUCUUGGCCUACCACCAAGACCGAAUCAUAGCCGCUGCACGCCACUUUGGUUGGAAGGGUGUGUUUGACAAUGGGCCAGUAUGGAUGAACGGAGAUGUGAAAAACCUAGACAGAUUCCUGAGUUGGCGGGUGCCAGACAAGUCUCGACCGUGGCGGUUGAAGCUCGUUUUACAACACAAUGGCCAUGCCUUUUGCGAGUUUUCAGAGACUGGCCCCAUAGACCUGCUUAAUUUCAUGACUCCGAUUUUGCACACGAGUACAGAUUCGACUGUCUGGCGGGUGGUCGUGGACACGGAGCGUACAGAACCGUCUGGCUUCACCACGCACAAGACCUCUUCCCGAGAACACUACACGCUUGCUCAGUCCCGGUCUCAGGUUACCCCCGGGGCGAAGUCAGAAGAACUGCUCAUGGUGAACCUGGACGGCGAAAUCAUGGAAGGUACUAUCACUACUCCGUACUUCCGGCGCGGAGACACUUGGGUAACUCCGCCACUUACCAGCGGUGGUAAUGCGGGCACAACAAGAAGAUACGCAUUGAACCAAGGAUUUUGUAUUGAGCAGUUGGUCAAAGCUUCGGAGCUUAAAGAUGGAGAAGAGUGCUGGCUAAGCAAUGGGGUACGAGGUUUUAUGCGUGGUCGCAUCUCUCUGAGUUCACCAGUGCAAUAA